AGAUUUCUGCUAUAGCAGCGCUGAAGUUCAUGCACUUUAAGUUUAUAAUACUAUGCUUACAAUUACAACAAAUCCAGUUGACACUGAAAACUCAAUGGAACUACCAACACCACGGUACCUUAAAUUCGAGCUGGGCGAAGUUAAACUAGCAGUCACGCCUGCCGCAUGGUGUGAUACGGACGACGACACCACUAAACAUGAGUGACGGAGUUAAGUGGCCGUGUGCAGUGUGUACAUAUGAAAACUGGCCAGCAGCAUUUAAAUGUACUCUUUGCGGUACACCGAGGAGUUCAACUCUUAUUGAAGAUGAAAUGCAGCGUCUGCAUCUUUCGUCCAAGGAUUCAGAAAAGAUUGAUGACUGUCGUGCUGAAGCUGCGUUUGAUGCUACACAAUUGAUCAAAUGUCAGUCAUGUACUUAUCUUAAUCACCGACAAAACUUCAAAUGUGAACAGUGUUUCCAAGUUCUUUGUGACUCACCAGUUUUGGAUAAUGAGGUUUCUAAGCAGGCGUCUUCAGCUUUCUUAUGUCCUCUACCCCCUUCUCCUCCUCAUACGAUAGAAUCUUUGGCACCAUCAGGAAAAUGGACCUGUACUGAAUGCACUUACGAAAAUUGGCCUAAAAGUAAACAUUGUGUUAUGUGUUUUGCACCCCCACCUCCAAUUUGUGAUGAAAUUGAAAACAAAGAUAAUAACCCAAUAUAUACUUCAUCUAACUCAUCUAGUUUAAAUACUAAUCGACGCACAAAAUCAAAUAUGUCUACCAUAUCACUGACUCCUCGUGAUAGAUUAUGGUUGUCAGCUUGUGUUGCUGUAGCCAAUGGGGAGGUAGCACCAGUAAAACGUUACAUACUGGCUAAUGGUCGAAUCGAAAGAAAACUAACUAAACAUGAAUGUCGUUUUUUGAAUUCACAUAUUCAGUCAGUAACAAAUUGUGAUAUGCCGACAUUUUUACAAGCUACUGACCAUUGCCCAAAACAAACUGAUGAUAUAAAUGUCAACCUGCUGUCUGAAAACAGUUGUCUUUCUCAAAGAGCAGCUAUUUCAAAUUUUGAUGGGGGACUGUUUUCCUGUAACGUGGACUGUACAUUCUCACCCGCUGGGCAUAAAUUCCGGUCUGGCUGGACGUUAGUCGAUUUGGCACUUAGAUUUUGUCGUACAGAUUUAAUUAAUUUGUUUAUCGCUUUGAUUGGCCUGCAGGCUACUAGUAGUGCCAUAUCCGUUGGUUCUGGCUCUAAACACUCUCCUUUGCCCACGAACUCCUCAAGUACCACUGCUAAUGCUACUUUUGUGAACACAGUUGUCACGGCUUGUAGCACUACUGCUGCUGGUACUGUUCCUACAGCUACAACUUCAAAUUUUCGGAGUAAUGCAUCUAAUACUCCAUUUCAGGAGGGACAAACUCAGGGUAAAAAUAGUCAGGGAAAUCGUAAAUUAAGCAAUAGUUUGACAGGAAAUCAGAUACAUCCAGCACUUCAAUUACUUUUCAAUCGAACUCCAGGUGGUAUGAACAAAACCCAAGUUAGUAGAAGCAAAUGGAUGCCGUGUCAGGCAAGUCCUCAUAUUGCCGGUGAACUGCGUGAUUUACUGGCAAAAACAGUAAAGCAUCGUAAAGGUGACUUUCCAUGCGCCUAUUUUUCUGAAUGGGGAACUUUUGCUCUGCCACAUUCAAUUACAAAAUUUCCUGCUCCAGUGAAACAGUUGCUUUUAUCAGAACUAUGUGAUAUGCAAGCCCAGUCAGAGUUAGAAGAUGAUGCAAAAGCUAUCAAUUGGUGGUUCAUUCCUGGUCAGAAGCAAUCAAAUCGUUUGUUUGCUCUUUGGAAUCGUACUGCAGGCGACUGUCUAUUGGACAGUGUUUUACAGGCCUGUUGGGGAGUAUUUGAUAGAGAAAAUUGUUUACGUCGUGCACUUGCAGAAAGUCUUCAAAAUUGUGAAGCUAACUUUUAUCCACGUUGGCGUGAUUACGAAGCAUUACAGGCUGCAUGUCAUUAUAUUUUAGACGAAGAUCAGUGUCAAAGGGACUGGGAAAACGUAUUGGCAGCAGCGUGUCAACCACGUGAAGCUUUAGAACAAAUUCACAUAUUCGCUUUAAGUCAUGUCCUUCGACGACCAAUUAUCGUUUACGGUGUAAAGUACAUAAAAAAUUAUCGUGGAGAGCCAAUAGGAAUAGCAAAUUUUCAAGGUAUUUACCUACCAUUACUCUGGGAAAAGUCAUUUUGUUCUCGAAAUCCAAUCGUUUUGGGAUUUACACGAGGACAUUUUACGGCUCUUGUGCCUGUUGAACCAUAUCCAAUAGCUUCAAGUUCUGCUAGCAAUGAAACUUCUUCAGAAAUCAACCAGUCUACUGGGACUGUUUCUUCACCUUUUGCGUCUCCGCGUACAUCCUCUUCUUCACGUAAACACAGUCCUACACCUCCGGAUGAGACAAGUACUUACACCCAGUUACCGUUGUCUACCGUUUCACUUUCAACUUCCCUGUCAGAAGCACAAAUAACCUCUGUAGUUGAAUCAUCAACAAACAGCACUGGGACAACCGUAUCGAAUGCAAUACCUCAACAAAAUGCUUUCGUAUAUCUUCCACUUGUUGACAGACAAGGUGCUUUAUUACCGAUUCAUUUUACUACAGAAAAAGAGGCUAAACUCUCCCAUACACUUCUGCAAGAUUGGUUGGAUGUAGUAUGUACAAGACGUGGACUACCACUUGCUCGAUUGCGGUUGCAUGCAAAACAUCCACUUGUUGACAACAUGGUAGAUGAAUGGUUAGAUUCUUAUCGAUCAUUGGCUAAAUUACCACUCAACACAGUUACUCCACCGUCUAAUAUCACUUCUUCCAUGAAUACAACGAAUAGUACAACCUUUACAAAUACAGAAGUUCAAAAUACUCAUAUAAUCAGUGAACAUUCAUCUUCAUCUACUUCAGUUUCUUCUGAUACAGAUCAUGCUGAACAGACUUCAAAAUCAUUGCCUUCAGAUGAUGCAGCAUACACUUCUGGUCCUCCUUAAUUUGUAUCACUAGAUAAAUUGUAUUACAAUCGUCAAUUGUGGACACUAGCAACCAUCAUCAUGAUAAACAUUACCAUCAUUAUAUACUCUGUAUUUACUGUUUCUGACUGUGAUAUCGUCUAUUUUACUGAGAUAGUUGAUAAUCAAAAGAAGAUUAUAUAUUAAGGGGAUUAUUCUAACGAAAUAUCUAUUUAUAUUCAACAACAUUUCCCUACGUUCAGAGUGAUGUAUUUUUUGUCCACCCUCUUGUUAUCUCUCGUUUAUGCUUCCUAAAAGAGAUAAUUUUGCAUACAAUAAUUAUCACUUGUAGAGUAUAUAUAUACAUAGAUGUUAUAAAUAAUUACUGAUAGUAAAUUAUUUUGGUUUUUUUUAUUCUAUCUUGUUUUAAAUAAUAAAUUCAUGCCAUUGGUUCAAGUUUCAAUAUUUUGGUUUGUUUAAAUAAAUAAACAAAUAAGCAACAAGAUUGUAUUGAUUUUUAAAACAGAGUGAAGUCAAUAUUCAACAAAUGUAUGUAAAGUAGAAUUCUUCCUUUCUCUCUAGUCGUAAUUGAAGUCUAAUUUGUCUCAUUAUUAUUAUUUGGCCUGUGUGUGUGUGUGUUAACGUCAGCCUGACGAUUUGAUAUUUCAUUUCCUUAACUGCAUAUCAUUACCACCAUCAGUACUGUGAGUAUUCUAAUGGCUGUACUGUGAAGACUUUUUAUCUCUAAUGAAUGAAUUCAACUCUUGUUUUUGUCUCCUCUCUUUCUUUUAAUGUAUUUUCUUGACUUUCAGCUGUUAUUACACGUCAGUCAUUAUUAACUAUUGUUUUUGUCCAUAAGAAAUUUUGUUCAUAUUUAUUUAUUUAUUUAUUCAAUGUACUCAGUGAUAUGUAUCUAUAUCCAAUGGCAAUACUGUGUAUAGAUUCUUCUGCUAUAAGUUUUUAGUUUAACCAAAUCUAUUUUUUUGAAAAUCAUAGAGUUUUACUUUUUAACGAAUUAAUUCUUUUUUUAAUGUUGUGGUUUUCUAUAGUUUUGGUUUGUAAGGAUUAGUUAUG